UCUAGUAAUCAUGGCGGAAUCUAUAAAAGGUGUAAGUCAAGUCCGUCUCCAGCUUCAGAAAUGACCCCUCUCGCUAGAGCUUUGUCCUAUUCAAGUUUGAGCCAACUUGAUCAGCCUGAUUUUUUCCAGUCGCAGACUUCUGUUCACCGGAGCAAAAUGGCACAGCCAGACGAUGUUGCGCGUGUCUUGGUCAUUAACACCGGAGGGACUAUCGGGAUGAUGUACCAUAAUAACGUGCUGUCCCCAGAGCCUAAUGUGUUUGUGAAGGCCCUGCGAAAGCAUCCCAGCCUCCAUGAUGAGCAGUAUGCCCUGCAGCCCUGUAUGUACGACUCCAACAGCACGAGCUGCCCACAGGAGAACACCCUGGUCCUGCCGCUGUCAAAACUGAAUAAGAGGAUAGUGUACACUGUUUUAGAGUACAACCCUUUGCUGGACUCUUGCAAUAUGACCACAGAUGACUGGGGUACAAUUGGGAAGGACAUUGAGAAACACUAUGAGAAUUAUGCCGGUUUUGUCAUCCUCCACGGCACUGACACCAUGGCCUACACUGCAUCUGCUCUGUCCUUCAUGUGUGAGAACCUGGGGAAGCCUGUCAUCCUCACAGGCUCACAGGUGCCGAUCUAUGAGAUGAGGAACGAUGGAAUAGACAACCUCUUGGGGGCGCUGCUGAUCGCCGGUCAGUUUGUGAUUCCUGAGGUGUGUCUGUAUUUCCAUCACAAGCUGUACCGAGGGAACCGUGUGACCAAGGUGGACGCUGGGAGUUUCUAUGCCUUCAACUCUCCUAACCUUGCUCCUCUGGCCACCGCUGAAGUAGAUAUUAAAAUUAACUGGGACACGGUGUUGAGGGCGAACACGACCACACAGUUCAGAGUGAGCACUCAGAUGAACCAUUAUGUGGGUCUGCUGCGGCUCUUCCCAGGCAUCACUGCAGUGACUGUGAAGUCCUUCCUGCAGGUGCCCAUGGAGGGCAUCGUCCUGGAGACGUACGGUAGUGGUAACGCCCCUGACAACCGUGCUGACCUGCUGGAGGAGUUCCGGAAUGCCACAGAGAGGGGCGUGAUCAUGGUCAACUGCACCCAGUGUCUGAGGGGUUCUGUCACCACAUUAUAUGCCACCGGAAAGGCCCUGAGUGAUGCAGGGCUGGUGGCAGGCUGUGACAUGACUUCUGAGGCUGCCCUGUGCAAGCUGUCCUACGUGCUGGCCAAGGAGCUCAGCAUAGAGGCCAAGAGGAAGAUGCUGAGUCAGAACAUGCGGGGGGAGAUGAUCUUUGACCUGCACGGGGCCAAGCUCACUCUGAGGGACAGUCGCUUCAUUCAGGUCAUCGCCAAGAUCCUGAGCAUCAGUCGUAAGGAGGAGCUAGAAGCCAUAAGGGAUGCCCUUAACCCCAGCUUAGCUUGUGCUGCUUCUAAGAUUGGAGACGUGGAGGCCUUAGAUGCCAUAAAGUUGAUGGGCAGUAACCUGAGUCUGGGGGACUAUGAUGGACGCACCCCUCUGCACAUCGCUGCCUGUGAGGGCCACCUCAAAGUGGUGCAGUAUCUACUGGGCCAGGGAGCCAGCGUCUAUGCCAGAGAUCGCUAUGGGGACACACCCCUGCACAACGCUGUAUGCUUCAGACACAAAGAGGUGGUGAAGCUGCUGAGAAAAGCAGGAGCCCAUUUCUCCAGGGAUGAGCUGAAUAAUGCAGGCUCAGAGCUGUGCAGUCUGGCAUCCAGGGCUGACACAGAGGGCCUGGAAAUGUGUCACCUGGCCGGGGGAGAGCUGAACACACGAGGCUACAAUGGGCAGACAGCCAUGGAGGUGGCUCAGGAUAUGGGGAAUGAAGUUGUGAUGGAGUUCUUUCGCCGGGUCAGCCAGUAGCAUGCUUAGUCAGAUGAAAGAAAUGAGAAUGGUGAGUACAUUCAGUUCUCAACCUGUCCAAAGGGACCCUGAAGACAAAGAUCCUCAACACUUUUACCUUUCUCUUUAAUCUCUCCAUCCAUCCCAUCACUCUCUCUCUGACUUUCCAUUUCACUCUUACACUGGACAAUUGCACAAGCUUGCAGAUAAACAGAUAUUAUAUAUAGAUUAAUCCAAGCCAUUUACAGUUUAUAUAUUUGCAUCCGUCCCAAGUACAGUUAGAGAACUGUACGCUGUAAAACUACUAGUAGAACAACAUUAUGUCAAGUAAUAUGGAUGCACUGUGCCUAGAACGGGCAGCACUAUAUCUAUGUGCAUGUUUUGAAUGUACCACGGUAUACUAUGUUGUAUGUGGUAGCAAUUCACUCUGUUUGUAUUAGUAUAAUCAAUGUUCAUUGGAAGCACAGGGUACAAUGCUGUACCUUUAUAGUAAGCACUUCAUAAGGCGCAUCUAAAGUGCCAUUUAUUCUAAUCGGAAAUCAAUGUGAAAUGAAUAACUGUUUGCCUAGAUGUUUAUUGUUCCAAUUAUGUAUCAUUCAUGCAGUCUAUAUUUUAGCUCCACCUCCUGAAAGGCUUGCCUGUUUUGCAUGUUAUUUUGUCAUUAAUACGUGUCACAUAUCAGUUAGCAAACAAUGUA